CGUCUUAUCUUAUCUUCCGUCAACCGCAGCGGCGACGACACCUUCAGGAGCGCCGCCGCGUCGCACGGAGCCGCCCUUAAGGAGUCUGAGUCGUUCUUCCGAGAGGGGGGGGGAAGGGCGCAAUGGUCGAGACGCGGGACGAGGCCGGCCUGACGUCGCUGCAGCCGCCGUCUGCCUCCCAGGGCUUGGCGGGGCCCCUCCAGCAGCAGGACCUCAGCCAGGCGAAGGAGGACGCAUGUGCGGGUGUACCAAAGGAACCUCCUGCAGAAGCCCAGAAAGAAGCCAAGCAGGAGACCUCACAGGGAGCGGAGAUGGAUCCUAAGAAGGAAGAGGAGAGUCCGGCGACGGAAGUAGACAAGGCUCUGGAGGCGGUGUUGAGGGUGGACAGGAGGCAGGUGGCAGGAGCUGGCGAUGGGGCCUUGCCGAAGGAGCUGGCCGCGGAGGCAGAGGACGACGUUCACGAGAAGCCGGAGUGGGUCGACCGAGACGUGCAGGCUCUCAGGGAAAUGGUUGAACAGGAACCUGGCUUGAAGUCCCGUAUUGACAAGCCUUUCUUGUUAGCUUUCCUUAGAGCUCGUAAAUUUGACUAUGAUAAAGCCAUGGCCAUGAUUCGAGGGUACUAUAGAGCAAGGCAAGAGAAUGCUGAUAUGUAUGUAAACCUCGUUCCGUCAGCCCUGGAUCACGUCUGGCCACUGUGCAUGCAGACGGUCCUUCCAACACCAGACAAUCUAGGGAGAACUGUCCUCAUUUUCAGAACAGGUGCCUGGUUACCUGAAAUCUGCACCCUAGAUGACAUAUUCAGGUCUCAGGUAGUAAUGUUGGAGCAUGUUGUACGGGUCCCAGUAACACAGCUUCGAGGAAUAGCAGCUGUUGUUGACUGCUCUGGGCUGUCCAUGACUCAUGCCUACUAUCUGACUCCGACUCACAUUCGCCGCAUGAUUUCCGUUGUCCAGGAAGUCUUUCCUCUAAGGUUCAAGGCAUUGCACUUUGUUCACGAGCCUUCGAUAUUCGACUGGGUCUUCAGCUUAGUCAAACCUUUCCUCUCUGAAACUAUAAAGGGACGAUUGCACUUCCACGGAGAAGACCUUGAGAGCCUCCACAAACACAUCCCAGCCAAUGAGUUACCAGAGGAAUUAGGUGGAACUCAGGGACCCAUGACCAACACUGAACUUGUAGAGAUAUUGAAGCAAAAUGAAGACUAUUAUAAAGAGCAUUUUACAUAUGGCUUUGAGAUGUCUGAAGAACCUGCGCGUCAGGGAACUGUAAUGGAAGCUGUGACUGACAUGGGGAGUUUGAUUGGCAGUUACUACAGAAGGAUGUGUAUAGACUAGUGCUAGCCAGCCCUGCACUAGUGACAGUCCACCUAGUGCCAUCAUGUGAGAAAAGCAAAUUUGACCCCAAAAACAUUUUGAUACCUGUAGAAAAAAAGUUGAAGGAGGUUCUGAAGAUAUUGGAGUCCCUUCUGUGUACUGGGUGGGAGAGUUCUGGUACUUUUGUUCAUGGAAUACAUUGGCACUAAACUUAUUAUCUAUCACAAUCUCAGGGAAAAAUAGUAGCCUUUGUAGCUGUUAUACAGUUUGGAAGAAAAUUCACAUUGGAAGGAUGGUGGUUCAUAUCAAGUAUUCCUGUUUGUUAUUGUUUUAAGAGUAAUUUGAAUUUUAAUGUUCAUGAAUUCAUUUUCACCAAAUGCAUAUUUCCUUUUAUUCUCUUUAUGGUGGAUUUAGGUCCUUCAGAUAUCCGUGAGAUACAAAACUUAUUAGUGAUGAGUUGAUUGAAUUGAUUAAGCAAAGAACUCAUUCCGGUUUAUGUCACUUUUGCAGGCUGGCCAUAUAUUUGUCUCUGGUUACACACUGAUGCAUAUAUACAGAUAUAUAUGUAUGUGCAUAUUUAUGAUGUGCGUAUUGGUGAUCCCUUCUCUUCCUCACAGGAAAUACAUCAGAUUUGAUAACAUGAAUAAUUUGUAAUGCACACAGUUUCUGCUCCAGUAAUGUACAUAGAGUCAGUUUUGAUAUAUGGUAUAGCAUAUGCCAUUUAUUGUUAUUAAGCCUCUGUAUUCAUGGUGCAAUGUAUACUUUACCCUUUAAGGAGGCAGUCAGAUGAACAUUGUAUUUUUUUUUAUUUUUUAUGGCUAAUGUGAAAACAUUUUAUGCCUGUGACAAAAGUAUAACUUAGAGGUAAAUACUGUGACAUUAGACAAUUAUCAGUGCUAAUUCUUUUUUUUUUUUUCUUUUACAUUUUAUCAUUCAUGCUAAAAUGUAUAUUCUUGUGAUAUGUUUCUUCAUUUUUGCAAGAGCUGUAAAAGAUAGUGAAGUGUGUUAUGUAAUUUUGUUUUCUCUAUAACUAUCUCUUCCUUGAUAGAAGUCUAGCAGAAAAAUGGAUUCAUAUGGCUAAUAUAUUUGAAUGCAUUGAAUACCAUGUACUUGGUAUCCAGUAUGCAAGUUGUAUCUUGAGAAACUGGUACUUUGCCUUCGGGACUGUCUGGUCUUCUGUCAAGUUCAGAUUAUAUUGUUUUAUCAUCAUCAUAGAGAAUAAAGAGGAUCUGCCUGGCUGACUGAAAGGUGCUGCAAAUAUACGUUUUCUUCUUUUUUUUUACUGUUGUACUUAGAAUGAAUUAGUACAGAAGUUAGAGAAGUAGAAUAUCGUUGAAAGUUGGUGAUUAGCAUACUUCCUCCAUGUCUCUCUUCCUCUUCCUUCCCCCUUGUCUGUUUUCCUCCUCUUCCUUCUCCUUGCCCCUUCUCUUCCUCUUCCUUCCCCGUGGCCCUUCUCUUCCUCUUCCUUCCCCGUGGCCCUUCUCUUCCUCUUCCUUCCCCUUGGCCCUUCUCUUCCUCUUCCUUCCCCUUGGCCCUUCUCUUCCUCUUC